AUGCAGUUCAUCCACCGGUUUCGCGUCGCCAGCGAGUACGGCCAGACUGCCAAUCGAUGGAUCAACUACGAUAUCCAGCCUGUCGAGGUUGGCCGGCGCACCUGGAAUUUCUGGACUUAUCAUAAUUAUUGGGUUCUUGUCAAUGCGAACAUCUCCAACUAUAUGACCGGCAGCUCCUUGAUCGCGUUGGGAUUGACAUGGCGACAGGCGCUGGCUGCGAUUAUCGUGGGCAAUGUGAUAUCGACAGCCCUGGUGAUUCUGAAUUCAUUACCAGGGGCAUAUUACCACCUUGGAUUCCCGCUGGCGAACCGAUACGUAUGGGGGCUCUGGGGGAGCUAUUUCGUGCUGCUGAAUCGCAUUCUUCUCUCUCUUGAUGCGGUGCAAUCCUGGAUAGGAGGUGAAUGCGUCUAUGUAUGUCUGCGAGCCAUCUGGCCGUCUCUGGAGCAGCGCAUUCCCAACCACAUGCCCGAGUCGACCGGUAUGACCACGGCGCAGUUUGUCUCGUACAUCAUCUUCAUGAUCCUGUCGCUCCCGGUCAUCUAUAUCCGACCCCACAAGCUCAAACAGUUCUUCAACGUGUCGUCUCUGAUCGUGAUCACCUUCCUGCUGGUGAUACUCAUCUGGGCGCUCGCCACAAUGGGCGAGAGCGGCUUUGGAAGCACCAUUACCGAUCCUGGGACCAGCGGUUCUGGAUGGAAUGUCGCAUUCGGUAUUGUCAGCACGAUUGGCGGCAUCGCAGCCGGAAUCCUCAAUCAGAACGAUUACGCCCGCUUUGCACGUCGUCCUCGCGAUGCGAUACUCGGCCAGGUGGUCGGGUUUCCCAUAUACGCCAUUCUGUGCGCCGUCAUCGGGAUUAUCGUCACGGCCGCCACCCAGAAUCGGUACGGCGAGGCGCUGUGGAGUCUGCCAAACCUGCUAGAGGCGAUUAUGGACCAUGGAGGGUCGCGGUCUCGGGCUGCUGCGUUCUUUGGAGGUGCCGCUGUGUGUAUCUCGCAGUUGGGAGUGAAUAUUCCUGGGAAUGCGUUGUCUGGAGGAUUUGAUACGGCCGCCAUCUUUCCUCAAGUCAUCAACGUCCGCCGCGGUGCCUAUCUCACGGCGCUGAUUUCGAUGGCCUGCAACCCGUGGAAGCUGGCCAACACCGCAACGACGUUUCUUUCGGUGCUCAGCAGCUACUCGGUGUUCCUAGGGCCCAUGAUCGGAUGCAUGAUUGCGUCGUACCUUGUGGUUAUGCGGCGCAAGAUCAAAGUACACGAUCUGUUCCCUGAACACGAUUCUGCAAGCAUUUAUUGGUAUACAAUGGGGAUAAACUGGCGGGCUCCUGUCGCUGUAAGUCAUUCUCCUGACUAUCUGCCAGACACGUCAUGA